CGCCCUCGAAUACACGACCGGUGCCCACUGAUUUGGCGUUCCCGCGAAAGCAAUUCGUGAACUUUCAUUCCUAAUUUUGAAGCCUUAUUUCAUGUGUAUAUACAUAUUUUUUUCGCAAUUUUAUGUAAGUUUUCGUUUUAUCGUGUACAGUGCAUCCAAAGGUGAUAAUAAUUUUCAAUAUUACUUGAAAAAAUUGUGAGAUACUUAAGCGGGAAAUAGAGAUGCGCAGAACGCGUAGGUGCUGUGACUCCUUGGAUUUCUGUACCAUCUUUACACAGUGUUUCCUGUUUUAACGUGAAUGCAUCGUAUUGCCACGAUAAAAUACAGUGUUCCUAGUUUACAGACUGUAAUUUUCACAAGUUUUUACAAUAUCUUAAUGAGUAAAAGGGUACCGACAAUAAGGCGUCUGUCAAAGGACGCUAACGUUGCACCACGUUUGCAUAGCCCUUAUAUUCCUCACGCGUACACGAAAGUUAUAGCGUGUAUGCAUUGAAAGUAUGCAGCCAGGACUUUAAGGAAGCUGUUCUGUGAAAUUUGGAAAUUUUUUUGCCCCUUUGAGGUUAUGUUAUACAUAUAGAGGGCGUGACAGUGCCAGAUUGCAAGCAGGGGUUGGUCAUCGUUUCGCGCGCUGGUCUCCCGCGCUUCGAGUUCCACGUCUUAUAUUUUUCCGAAGAAUUACUGUUCUGUGAUAUCCUGAGGCUUGAAAAUACAUUAGAAAAGAUUUUAAGAAAUUUCCGUAUUAAAAUACACUUUACCAAUGAAAAAUUAUGGCAUCAAAUAUUGAAUCAAAAGCAGCCAAGUAUACGUGCAUUAUGGCGAUCGGGUGCGUGUAAGCUUCGCGCGCUCUUUUAUUUUUCGGCAUUUUCCUGAUUAAAUUAUUGAUCGUAUGCUUCUGAAAUUAAGCAAACGUUUAAUUAAAAUACCAAUCUACCAGUACGUAAAUUAAAAAAAUUAAUUUUCAACGGAAAUAUUUUCUGAACACGUCGACAAUUCUGGAGCAAGAUGCCACAGACAAGUUUACAGGGAAAGAAGUCACAAACUUAUUUGCAAGGGGGCAAAGCAGCAACAGUAUCUUUAAAACGUAAAAGACGUGCAACAGAAAUCUCUGAGGAUUCUGAAAAUUUAUAUCCGCCCAAUAAAGUACCAGCACUGUCACAGACAUCAUACCCAGAGUCAUGUCAAACAGUACAUCCUUUAGAAAAUUCAUGCACACCACAUCAAGUGUCUCCAUUGAAAGAACAGCAAGAGCCAGCCACAUGGUCUGAGUUAAGAAGUGCAACUUGCUUUUUAACACCAUCAUCAUCUAAUAAUAUAUCAAAUAGACCUAGCCCUUUACCAUCAUUUCCAUGGGCUGAUGGUAAUCAAGUUUGGUCCUUCAUGUGUCUGGGAGAUCAGAAAACAAUUAUUCAAAGGAAUCCACAGAUGUUUCAAAGGCAUCCAACAUUACAGCCCAGAAUGCGGGCAAUUUUAUUAGACUGGUUAAUUGAAGUUUGUGAAGUAUAUAAGCUACAUAGAGAGACUUAUUAUCUUGCCAUGGAUUAUAUAGACAGAUAUUUAUCCAUCCAUCAAAAUGUACCCAAAAAUCAACUACAGUUGAUAGGUAUCACAUGUCUUUUUAUAGCUGCCAAGGUUGAAGAAAUAUAUCCACCCAAAAUUGCAGAGUUUGCAUAUGUUACUGAUGGUGCAUGUACAGAAGAAGAAAUUUUAGGAAAAGAAUUAGUGAUUUUGAAAGGUCUUGGGUGGAAUUUAUCUCCUGUAACUGCCCCUGGUUGGCUUAAUAUAUAUAUGCAAAUUGAGUCUGGUGAUUGGUCAAAUCCAAAUGCCUUUAUUUAUCCUCAGUAUGGAGGUCUGCAAUAUUCCCAGGCAGCUCAACUACUGGAUCUAGCCACUUUAGACGAGGGAAGUUUAAAAUUUCCUUAUAGCCAUAUAGCAGCUGCAGCUAUCUAUCAUACACAAGGAAGAGAAUGUGCUUUAAGAGUAUCGCGCAUUCCGUGGGAGCAACUUGCACCUUGUGUCAAAUGGCUUACUCCAUUUGCAAUAACAGCUGCAGAAGAAAGUUCUCAGUUUCUCUUAAGAUCUACCAUACUACCUGUAGAGUCUCAUUCUGGAUCUGGGCUUAGGGCAUCAGUGCCCAACAUAGUAAUGGACGAAUCGCAUCGUAUACAAACACACGUAGUAGAUUUAAAUAUGUUAGAAAGGGCACAACAGCGGUUAGUAGACGAGGUCCCAUCUGUUGACACAAAUGAAUCUGACUCGAAUCCUGAGUCUGGUAGACAGAGCCCGAAUGAAAGUGGAAUUUUAACUCCACCAUCUAGCAGUCAAAAAAAUUCUACCACACCGCCGCAUCCUCCACCGCAAUUGCACCCAUAUACGUAAUUAAAUAUUUAUAAACGCUUCGUAUUUUGUAAUGAAGUGUUAUAUAUUUACUAAUUGAUGGUAAAUAAUUUUAACUAAACACCAAUAGUGUAUAGGAAAUAUCAUUUAAUUGCUUAAAAAAUUCUGCCUUGUGCAAUACUGCACAUGUGCUACUAAAUACGGGAUUGCUUGAAUGCACGGUAAUAACAGUACAUAUCUACUGCCUUAUUAUCGUAAAUAAUACGGUGCUUCCCAUAUGAAUCCACUGUUUUGUGUAGUGGUAUUUUUGUUAUAAUAUUAAGAUUCACAGUACAAGGUGUUAAUCACUUUCUAUGAUGCCCAUAGAGGCACUGAAUUUAUUUAAUAUUACUUGUUUUAUCAUGGUCGUUGAAAAAUGUGCCUUACAUAAAGGAAUGUAAACUUAUAUGAAAGCCUAUAUGGCUAUCUUCUGUGAUUAUAUUCAUGCAGUGAAACUUGAUGCAUUGUAUUAAUAUGUUAGAUGGAAUUUAAUAAUUAUUACUGUCUUCAUUAAUCUAGACAAUAUUAGUGCCUGCAAAAAGUGUCCUUAAAACAACUUUUUAUUCAUUUCUGAGGUCAACAGAGAGCAUUGUGAAUAGUAUUCUUUUACAUAAUUCGCUUUAUUUUAACGCAACGUAUUAUAACAAUGCGUUAUUGUGCCGGGUGAAUGAAUUUUUAUGUACAUGUAUAUUGUGAAGUAUUAAUAAUAACAAAAAAAGUAGAGAGGGUGAAAGGGGAUGAAUGCAUGCGUGAAGUAUAAGACUAAUAAUUAUUAUAUAAGGUAGAAACUUCGUGAUGAAUUAUACACUGCCUUAUAUGUAGUGACGCGGCGGUUUAUACACAUUUGUAUGAAAAACUUGACAAUAAAUAUUUGUAAAUUGCAAAAUUAAAUAAAA